UUUACCACUAAAUAGAGAUGAAUAUUAUAUGAUCACAGCAGGAAAUUCUUUGGCACCGAGUCAGGUAUUCAGGUAGAACAGGUUGUUUUAGCUCGACAUCGUCAAGAAUUCAUCACUUUUUCAUGGGACAUGUUCAUCUUCGCAUUAUUGUUCGCUUCCAACAUUUUUCUAUUCGAGCUUCCCUUGUUCCUUUUAUCCUUUUAUCGAGCAUAAUGACGCGAAUCGAGCUUGAAUUCAUAUGCAACGUCAAGCAGUUCCGCUAUCUCAGUCCACCUGCCGAGCUUGUCCCAGGAAGGAGGAAUUGUUAUGGUUGAGUGAUUAGUACUUUUUGAAUGGUGAUUAGUACCUGCCCAGCAAAACCCAAAAAGGAAUUGUUAUGGUUGAGUGAUUAGUACUUUUUGAAUGGUGAUUAGUACGCAAUUAGUAUACGCCUUUUUCCCGAUGUCAUAAACUGUUUUUUCCAUGAAUAGAAAUCACAUUGCAAUCACAGGUACAUAUUGGCAGUUGAUUGACAUUCGGUAGACAGAAAAACCAGGAGAAAGAAAUGGUCAAAUCACCCAAAUUAGGCCCUUUGAGAACCACCACUCGAGCCUUUUCUUUUUUAUCCCAAAUACUUCACCUCCUUCAUUCUCUUAUAUUACUCUCCUCUUCCCCUCCCUCCUCUUAUCAGGAAGGGCAGGGGCCAUAGACAUUACAAACACAACAAUGGGUUCUUCUUCUUCUAAGCUCUGGCUGAUUGUCCUGCUUUUGGGCUUGGCCAUGAUAGCUGAGGCAGCAACAUCAAUGACUAGUGAUGAUUCAUGGGUUCUAUCUCAUGUGGGUGACAGAGUUGAGGAUGAAACUGAGAUGCUGAUGGAGUCUGAGAUAAGUCGUCGUACUCUUGGAGGAAGAGGAGGAAAAUACAUAAGCUAUGAAGCACUCAGGGCCAAUAAUGUUCCAUGUAAUCGUCGCGGCCAGUCUUACUACUACUGCACCAGGAGGACAAGGGCUAAUCCUUACAGACGCGGUUGCAGCGCCAUCACCCGUUGCAAACGAUACACUCGUUAAAGUAUUGACAUGGAUUUGGUGUUUGCGGUUUGCCAGAUUUCUUUGUCUAAUUCAUUCUCUUCCAUAUUUGGUGGGUGAUCUAUUAUAUGUUACAAUUGUUUUAUGUAUUAUUUUUCUAAACUGAGCUGCUGGUGUCUGAAGAUGUAAUCUAUCUAAUAGUUUAUGUUUUUAAAUUAUCUGAAUUGAACUGCUGGUGUCUACAUUGUUGAUAUCUGGUGCAAAUAAAGAUGUAAGACUUUGAA